UUCCCAUUUCUCAAGCAUUAGACCUGCUGCUGGCUUGAAAGGGGUCAGAAGAGGGAGAAGAUCCAGGGGGGAGGAGCGCGGUGAUCCAGACGGACUCCAGCAAGAAGCGACGUCACCUGCACACGGCGGAACCUCCAUCGCCUCGCCUGCCUCUCAAAGUUGAACCGGGGAUUGUAAGCAGCGGGGAUGGAGCGUGCACGGGACAUUGGAGUGUUCACAUUCCGGCUACUCUCCCUCCUCUGGUGCGCGCCAAGUGGCCUAUGGAGCUUCAACCUUUACGCACAGCAUCCAACGGUGUACCGGGGACCCAGUGGGAGUUAUUUCGGGUACUCCGUGGACUUCUACCAGCCCAGCGCCAGCAGCAAAACGUUCAGCGUUUUGGUAGGUGCUCCAAAGGCCAACACCUCCCAGCCUGGCAUUGUGGAAGCCGGGUCCGUCUACUACUGCCCCUGGCCGGGCCUGCCUGACAGCUGCAGACAAAUACCCUUUGACAAUGCCAAUAACCGCAUGAUAAAGGUAAAUGGCAGCAGAGAAACUUUGGAGUUUAAGUCACGUCAGUGGUUUGGAGCAUCGGUAAGGACGCACAAAGGCAAAGUGGUGGCAUGCGCUCCUCUCUACCACUGGCGUACGGUGAAGCUGAGCGGGGAGAUGGAUCCCGUGGGUACCUGCUACGUGGCCGUCCAGAACUUUAGUGCCUACGCAGAAUACUCGCCAUGUCGGACCAAUGACCCGGACCCAGAGGGGCAGGGCUUCUGCCAGGCGGGCUUCAGUGUGGAUUUCACCAAGGAAGGAAGGCUGGUGGUUGGAGGCCCUGGAAGCUUUUACUGGCAAGGUCAGGUGAUGACAGCGGGCGUAGCUGAGAUACUGAACGGCUACUCCUUGAAAGCUGUUCUGAGACGAGUUCCAGGGGAGAAACACACGGCCGCUGCUGAAGACACACACGAUGACAGUUACCUGGGAUACUCUGUAGCAGUGGGGGAGUUUACCGGCGAUUCCGAACAAGAGCUCCUCGCCGGAGUGCCGAGAGGAGCGCAGAACUUUGGAUAUGUCGUGAUGAUCAACUCCACUAACCUGACCUUCAUCCAGAAUUUCACGGGAGAACAGAUGGCCUCUUAUUUUGGCUACUCAGUAGCUGUGACCGACCUGAACGGAGACGGGACGGAUGACGUUCUGGUCGGAGCCCCCCUCUACAUGGAGAGGGAGAUGGAGAGUAAGCCCAAAGAGGUGGGGAGGGUCUACCUGUACCUGCAGAAGGCUCCACUUACCUUCUCCAAAGCCGUCGCCAUCACCGGCACGUACACCUUCGGCCGCUUCGGCACCGCCAUCGCACCUCUGGGAGACGUCAACAACGAUGGAUACAACGACGUGGCAGUGGGUUGUCCGUUUGGCGGAGAGGAUCGCGGAGGACGAGUAUUGAUCUUUAACGGACGCAGAGAUGUAACCACGCAAGGCCUGAUGCUGAGCCAAGAGCUGAAAGCGGCCUCCGCCCCUGCCGGCAGUCUGCCCGGUUACGGCUUCACCCUGCGAGGAGGCCAGGACCUGGACCACAACCAAUACCCUGACUUGAUCGUGGGGUCGUUUGGCGCUGGAGAGGUGUCUGUAUACAGGGCUCAAGCGGUUGUGUCUGUGGAUGCGGAGAUGAUCCUGACCCCGAGAAUCCUGAAUCCUGAUGAUCGACAGUGUCGUCUGCCGUUCACCGACGUCGUGGUGACCUGCCUGAAGGUGGAUGUGUGUGCAGAAGUGAGCGGAAUAGGCAUCCCCAGCUCUGUGGACUUGAGAGCAGAAGUGCAUUUGGAUUGGUUGAAAGGCGUCCGAGGAGGCGUGAAGCGAGUCCUCUUUUUGGAUAACCAGCAACCUCAGCGGACCGGACUCCUCACGCUGGGCCACGACCAUCCGCAGGCUUGCCUCAACUACACCAUUUACCUGCGAGAGGAAGACGAGUUCCGUGACAAAUUGACCCCCAUCUCAUUAGCUCUGAACUACAGCUUAGCUCCUCCCUCUCAGGGCCAGACGCUCCCACCGGUCCUCAACUACUACACCAGCACUUUCCUGCAAGAGCAUGCCUACAUUCUCCUGGACUGCGGUGACGACAAUAUUUGCAUCCCGGACCUUCAGCUCACUGCCAGCAUGGACCACUCUGAACUGGUGAUCGGAGAUGACAAUUUGUUUAUGUUGACCGUCACGGCGACGAACCGAGGAGAAGGAGCCUACGAGACGGAACUACAUGUCCUGCUUCCAUCGGAAGCCGACUAUAUUGGCGUGGAGAGAAAAGUUGAGUCUCUGGCUCAGCUGGACUGCGAAUACAACAUGGUGAAUGACUCCAGGCUCGUUGUGUGUGACCUGGGCAAUCCCAUGGUGGCCCAAACUGAGAUGUCUGUGGGCUUGCGGUUUUCAGUCCAAAGGCUUGAAAAUGCUGGACCAAAAAUUUGCUUUGAGCUACAGAUCCACAGCUCCAACAAAGACAACCCAGAUAGCAACCAAGUCAGCCUGAAUCUGGCCAUCGUCGCCAAAGCUCAAAUUGAUUUACGAGGGGUGUCUCAUCCUUCUCAGGUGGUUUUGCCAUUCCCACGCUGGGAACCCAAAGAGAAACCCGUCAAGGAAGACGACGUGGGUCCACAAGUGACCCACAUCUACGAGCUCCAUAACUCGGGUCCCAGUAGUAUUCGGGAGGCCGAGGUUGAGGUCGGAUGGCCUUCCCGCUUCCGUGACGAGAACCUGCUGUAUGCAAUGGAGAUUAGAACUGAUGGGCCAAUAAGCUGUCGGACGAAUAACAGCCUCAACCCACUUGGGCUACAGAUUUCAUCCCUCCAAGAUACUCCCGAACUUCUCGGCUUCUUGAGGAACACCAGCGAUCCUCUUCGCCGCCACAAGCGAGCCGCUAGCCCCGCCUAUAGUCACAGCGGUAAAACCUUGAACUGCACGAACAUCUCCUGCUUGAGAAUCACGUGCGUCGUGGGCCGCUUGGACCGUGGCCAGAGCGCUGUAGUUAAAGUCCGGUCAAGACUGUGGGCGCAUACUUUCCUGCAGCGCCGUAAUGACCCCUACAUUCUCAACUCGACUGUGACCUUCGUGGUCCUGGCCAUGCCUUAUCGGAUCCAGCCCCCCAACUUGCCUCAGCGUACCAUCUCGAUGGGGACACCAGUAUUAUGGGGGACACCAGAUGUGUCCUUUGCCGUGCCACUAUGGGUCAUCAUCCUAGCGAUACUGCUCGGGCUACUCGUGCUAGCCGUGCUAACGCUCGCCAUGUGGAAGUGCGGUUUCUUCGACCGGGCGAGGCCGCCAGCCGGGGACAACGUCUCCGACCAAGAGCAGCUGACGUCGGAUCGAACGGGAGAUGCUUAGAAUUAUUAGGAACACAUCCUAAUAAGGGGGAAUUGUGGUUUUAAGAGGAAUGUGCACCUUCUGAAUGAAUCCAAACGGAGAUCUGGAGUUGUUGGACCGGACGUUUUCUCGACUCCAGAUCUUCUGCCUCUCCUGUCGAUGAACUGACACGGCGGGAGGGCUAACUGCAUCAGGCGGAGACUAAAGAUCCUCAGCUUUGAUCAAAGCACACUUCAGCGGAAGACAUUUUUGGGAUCAUUUGUUCAUGAUGAGGUAGGACCACAGGAGAACAGUGUGAAGAAAGUUCUUCACAAAUCCACAUUAUAUGAACUAAGGCACAUCUGUGUUUGUGUGAAUGCUAGCCACGAUAUUAGGUAACCCCAAAAAUGGUAUUUUAACCACUUAGUGGUCAUUUCCCAUUGAGAUAACAAAAAGACUAUCAUUAUAUCGUGCAGGUGUACCUAAUGUUGUGACCGGUGGGUGUUUGUGUGGAUAUGUAUUUGUGUGCAGGGACUGUACAUUAUAUGUGUAUGUGUUAAUUAGGGGCUUCUCUUCAUCCAAUAUUUUGUUGUGCGUCCGAUGUGUCACACACAUCGGGAUGCAUUAACAUGAAGGCACAAAGCAAAACGUGUGUAUUUAUGAAUGUACGUGCAAUAUUUGUACAUUGCGUGAUACUGAAGCUUGUUUACACUGGCAUUAUUUUAUCAGAGCUUAAUGUAUAUACUGAAGUGAGUCGUGGGUAUGAUAGAUUUUAGUUUUGCUACACAACCCCAAAAAAAAGUUGUCUUGAAUGGUUUGUGCCACACCAAAUCACGUGAGGUGGGAAUAAGUUAUAUAAGAAAUGAUUAUCUGAGGUUUCAGUCUGGCUCACGAGCUCAAGGCUUUGCUUUUUUUUUGGUCGUUUUUGUUUUCCUUACAAAAACAGCAUACAGGUUUAUCGCAUACCAUUCAUGUGGUGAUCUCUUAAAAGUAAAUGAUAAAUUCUCACAUUGAUCUGAGUUCCAUUUAAAAUGUUUUGUUGCUUUGUAAAUGGGGAAAACACACAACAGAGAAUAAAUAUGACGUCAAAGAUUU